UCUCCUUGUCUUCAUUUUUCUUUUCUUUUCACACAAAGCUUCAAAAAAUGGAAUAUGUGCUUUUAUUGUUACUAUUAUUUGUAAAUUAAAAUUUUAUUUUUAUUUAUUUAUAUAUAUAUAUAUAUAUAUAUGUAUGUAUUUUGUAUGGAGGAAGAGAAGAAGGAAGAAGUUUUGGGAAAUAAUAGAGAUCAGAAUUCGAUGGGAAAUCCUGGAUUGUUAUUCUCCGAUGCGAUUAUUCCCAAUAAUCAUAAUAAUAAUUUGUUCGAUUUUCCAUUAAUCGACUCCAUUGAUUCUUCUUUCAAGCCUUCCACUUUCUUGGAUUUGUUAGCUACUCAAGAUUAUACCCCUUCUUUGUUCGAUCUUUUCUCUCCUCCGCCUCCGCCGCCGCAACCCCCGCUUCCUCCGCCAUCCUCCGCCGUACCGGAGUCUUCUGAAGUUCUUAAUACACCUCCCACUCCUAACUCCUCCUCCGUCUCUUGCUCCUCCACCGAACGUGCUUUCGACAACGAUGACGUGGAUCGGGAUAAGUCCCCUUUCAACAAACAAUUGAAAGCAAAAAAGAAGAACCAAAAAAAAGGAAGAGAACCAAGAUUUGCGUUCAUGACAAAAAGCGAAGUGGAUCACUUAGACGACGGUUACAGAUGGCGAAAAUACGGUCAAAAAGCCGUUAAAAACAGCCCUUACCCAAGAAGUUAUUACCGUUGCACCACCGCCGGCUGCGGCGUCAAAAAACGAGUCGAACGAUCUUCCGACGACCCUUCCAUCGUCGUCACCACUUACGAAGGCCAACACACUCAUCAAAGUCCAAUCAUGCCACGUGGAGCUUUAUCCUCCACCGCCUACACCGCCUCCCCACAACAACACCAACAACAACCGCCGCUUGUUUUCUCAUCACAGCCGCAACAAUUAUACCGCAACCAAUUUACGUACGCUCCGGCGCCGCCCGUGGACGUUGUCACGUGCGGCGGAGGGUUCGGUCACGUGUUUCACAGUUUUGGAGAAGAACGACGACGCAUCGAUGAUAGAACUACACCUGAUUCUUUCCAAGACCAUGGCCUUCUUCAAGAUAUGAUCGUACCGUUCCCAGAAGAAGAAAAAAAAAGUUAAUUGAUUAAUUAAUUUUGAUUUCUUUUUUUAAUUUUUUUCCACGGUACGUCGUCGUAUUUCUCUAACAAAAAUUAUGGGAUUAUCACCAUUAAUCAAAAUCAUCUUCACUAAUCACACAAUCCCCAUCACUGUAUAAUAUUAUAUAAUUAAUUAGUUUUUUCUUUUCUCUUUUCUUUCAAUUUUCCUCCAUUCAUAUGGAGGUGAUGUUCUGAUCACCAGUUUGGGGUUUUGGAUUUGAAUUUUUCUUUCUUUCUUUUUUU